GUCUUUCAAGACGAAAAGUUUGUGAUGGUCAAUCAGAUUGUUCUGAUGGUUCAGAUGAAGAUACAAGAUUUUGUUCACGUUACACUUGUCGACCAACUGAAUAUCGAUGUUUGAGUGGUGGCUGUAUUCCAUAUAUUGAACGAUGUGAUCGAAAAAUCGAUUGUAAUGAUGGUAGUGAUGAAAAUAAUGCAUUUCAACCAUGUGUAUAUCCUCAAUGUCCCGAAGGACAAUUUACAUGUACUAAUUUUCGUUGUAUUGAUAAUUUUAAACGUUGUAAUGGAUAUGAUGAUUGUAAUGAUGGUAAUGCAACUGAUGAAGUCGGUUGUCCAUCUCGUAUUUGUAAUGGAACAAAUAGUAUGAAAUGUCCAAAUAAUAAUAUUUGUAUUCAAAGAUCUUAUUUAUGUGAUGGUGAUAAUGAUUGUGGUGAUAAUAGUGAUGAAAGUCCAAUUUUUUGUCAUAGUAUUCAAUGCAAUACAAGUCUAUAUAUAAAAUAUAAAAGUUUUAUUUGUAUAAAUUUAUUUAUUUUUUUAAAUAUAGCGGAAUUUCG